UGCAAACCUGACGGAGAGAGACACAAAUUUCUACCAUUGAAAAAGAAAGAGAGAAAGAAAUGAAAUGCACGGUAGAGGCGUACGCGUCGAUUAAUAGAAGGGUGAGGGGUAGUUGGUCACUUUUUAAAUUUUCUCACCACGCAGAAAUGCAGGGGAAAUCGACAGGGCAUAUAAAAAUACAGCAAAUACGAAUCACAUCAAGAUGAGCUGUAAUACAGAGAGGUGUAAGAGACGCGAGACGGGACGCAUGCCAUCAACGGCUCGGUGUAAUGGAAGGUUGAGAUCGAACGGCAGCAAAGUGGCGGGCGCACUCGAGGCGGCCCCACAGAGGACCUCGCUGGGUUUGUGAGGAACACGUACAGCCGUAUAGACAAACACAAAUGUGGGAAUGUGUGCGUGUGGGGACGAAAGGGAAUGGAGGCACCAAACGAACAGGAAUGGUGGAGAAGACCUCCGUGCAAUAACGCCUUGCUUGCAUAUUAUGGACACGAACCCACUGCUAACAACUUUACAGCAAAUGUUUUCAAGUCUUGGCACAAUUAUUAUUGUUUCCCACGCCCUUGCGCCGCCCCUGCGGUUUUUUCUUUGAAAUGAGGCGAUUUUCCGCCGGCAUCGGCUUGCAACAGCCUCAACAAGGAGAACGAAGGUGCCUCAAUACAGAGCUUUGGCAUGCUUGUGCUGGGCCACUUGUAUCUUUACCUGCUCCUGGGACACGUGUUGUUUAUUUUCCUCAAGGACAUAGCGAACAGGUAGCUGCAUCAACAAACAAAAAGAUUGAUGGUGACAUACCCAACUAUCCAAAUCUGGCACCUGAACUAAUCUGUCAGCUUCACAAUGUUACUAUGCAUGCAGAUAUCGAGACAGAUGAAGUAUAUGCUCAAAUGACCCUACAGCCAUUGAACCAGCAAGAGCAAAAGGGAUCAUAUUUAGUUCCUGAUUCUGAUACUCCCAGCCGGCAGCCAACUAAUUACUUCUGCAAGACACUCACUCCCAGUGAUACUAGUACUCACGGUGGAUUUUCAAUUCCACGUCGUGCAGCUGAGAAAGUGUUUCCUCCACUUGAUUUCUCUCAGCAGCCACCUGCCCAAGAGAUAGUUGCAAGAGAUCUCCAUGAAAAUGAAUGGAAAUUUCGGCAUAUAUAUCGGGGUCAGCCCAAGAGACAUCUGCUCACAACAGGCUGGAGCAUGUUUGCUAGUGCCAAGAGACUUAUUGCUGGUGAUUCUGUGCUUUUCUUUAGAAAUGAGAAAGGACAGCUGUUUUUGGGAAUAAGAAGAGUUAAACGAGCUCAGACAAUCAUACCUUCAUCAGUUUUAUCCUCAGAUAGUAUGCACAUAGGGAUCCUUGCAGCAGCAGCUCAUGCUUAUUCAACAAAUAGUCCAUUCACUGUUUUUUACAAUCCAAGGGCAUGUCCUUCUGAGUUUGUGAUACCUCUGUCUAAAUAUGAAAAGGCAGUUUAUCAUAUGCACGUUUCAAUUGGAAUGCGUUUUCGGAUGCUUUUUGAGACAGAAGAUUCUAGUGUCCGAAGGUACAUGGGUACUAUAACUGGCAUAGGUGACUUGGAUCCUAUUCGAUGGCCAAAUUCACAGUGGCGUUCUAUUAAGGUUGGUUGGGAUGAAUCUUCUGUGGGUGAAAGAAAAAUGCAAGUAUCUCGAUGGGAAAUUGAACCAUUAGCCACAUUCUUGAUGUACCCAUCGGCCUAUCCAUUAGGAUUAAAAUGUCAUUGGUCGCAGAUGCAGGGUAUGCCUUUUCUCCAAGAAAAUAAAAAUGAUUAUGAUGUGAUGAAAAGAUCCUUCAUGUGGAUGAGAGGAGUUAAUGGCGAACAAAAUUUUCAGUCCCCGAUGGAUAUGGAUCCAUGGAUGCAGAUCAAACGAAGUUCUGAUUCUUUUCUACAAGGAUUUCAACCAGACAUGUACCAAGAAAAAAAGACAGUAGCCUCAGAUGAUAUGAAUUUUGGACCCUCUAAACAAGUGUUACAGUUUCCACAGUUGCAACUUAUGGCAUCUCAAGAACUUCAAAACGGAUUGAAGUCACAGGUGCAGAAGAAUGCCAUUCAGCAGUCACAGAAUCUUCAAGAGCACCUUCUUCAUCAGCAAGUUAAAAGUUUACAGCAUCAACUGCCACAGGAAAAGUUUGUGCAACAACUGCACCAUCCAUCACUACAGCAUUCUAUGAAAGAACAUAAGCCAUUAUUCGAGCAACAGCUCUAUCAGCAACAAAUAUUCCAUGUUCCAAACGUUAUUGGUACUUUGCCACAGCUCCCAUUGUCUCCACAUCAGUCCACCCCAAGUUUGAAAUCAUCUAUAAACUCAAAACCAGUCUUAGCGAAUUCCUGUACAAAUCUUGAUUCAACUAGAGAUUCUUCAUCACCUCAUCAAAGAAUUUUGGGAUCUUUAGGUUCAGAAGAAAGUACCUAUAGCAUGAUGCUUCCCAAAACAUGUCAGACAGUCUUGCAGCAACCCUCUGGCAUUCUUCCAGGGCCUGGUGUUUUUGAGGAUAGACAAAAAUCCCCUGCAUCGUGGUCCUCCCCUAAGAGGUUAUCUAAUAAUCAACCAGUUCAGCAUGUUCCUACAGGACAAGUGUCCCCAUAUUCAUGUCGCCCAUCACAACCUGUAUCACAAUCCAAUAUUUCACCACAUUCAGUAUUAUUGCCCCAAUUCACAUUUGAGGUUUGUUCUUCUGGACAGGAGAGAAAUCAGCCUGACUCACAAAGCUCAUUUCUCUCUGGUUUCAAUGUAGACACGCCAUCCUCAGUUAUAUCUAACACAGAAUCAAAAAAUGCUGGCAAUAGUCCAGAUCCAUGCAACAUGUUAUCUGCCACUAACCUACUCAACACUUGUCCCCCUAGCUCCAAUUUCCUAUCACACUCAAGCACAGUUUCCUCAAGGGGCUUGGAGGAAGGUGAUUUUUUGGAAUGUGCAACAAAUCUUGCACAGGUGAAUCCGUGCACAAGAACUUUUACGAAGGUUUACAAGCUAGGUUCAGUUGGGAGAUCAUUAGAUGUUAUGCGCUUCAGGAGCUAUCCAGAUUUGCGCAGUGAACUUGCACGCAUGUUUGGCUUGGAAGGCGUGCUUGAGGACCCCAGAUCAGGCUGGCAGCUUGUAUUUGUUGACAAGGAAAAUGAUGUCCUCCUCCUUGGAGAUGACCCUUGGGAGGAAUUUAUAAAUAAUGUCCGGUUCAUUAAAGUACUGUCUCCUCCAGAAGUACUGCAGAUGAGCCAAGAAGGCAUGGUGCUCUUGAGCUCCAAUCCGGCCAAACAACAAACAAGUAGCAGUCCAGAGGAGUCUAUCACUAGGCAUGAACUUUACACCAUGGGAUCCCUGGAAUAUUGAGUAAGGCAUCACUUUCUGUUGUAAAGAUCACUAUUGAAUAUUUCGAAGGGAAUGCUAAACCAUUUCUUAUCUGAACAAAGUAUUAUGUAUGUUUGAGCUGGGUUGCCACUAAUUGCAAGUGCUUUCUUUAUUAUCUUUUCUUUAAAUAAAAAGGGACAACAUUAAUCACAUUCCUUGCUAGUUUUGUUUGGCAAAGUGACCAAAUCUUUUGUACACAAAUAAUCGAUUUUAAUAAACUUUGUUUGCAUUUCUUAAUAUCUUA